AAGUUUGUGCGCGGUGAUUGAAAUAAGAUCACUGCUACUUUUUAGAAUGAGGGGCUAUGUCGAUAAAAUAGCUAUGUAUUCGAAUCGUAUAUUCCCAUUUCUUUCCUUAGUGUUCGGACGUUAAGAACCAUCACGAACGUGAUGGUUCUUAAUUAAAAUGGAGACAUCGGACACUGAAUUUAGUGAUGAACCUUUGCUGAAUAGUAAUGAUUCUGCAUCUGGCAGUUUACCAAAAGCUGUGGCUAGAUAUGAAACAAGCUUGUCCGAAGCAGCACUUAACUGCAAGAAAAACUACAAAUUUGAUUUGUUGGAUCUUUUGACAACAUCUACUAAGUCAAACCAAUGUAUGCUUGGGAUCGAUGAAGCUGGAAGAGGUCCAGUCCUUGGCCCUAUGGUUUAUGCAUGUGCCUUGUCACCAAUAAGUCGGUUGAAUGAACUAAAAACUAUUGGACUUGCUGAUUCAAAGACAUUAAAUGAAAAUCAACGUGACAAACUUCUUAAAGAGAUGUUGAAUAAAUGUGAUUGGAUAUCAGCUGUCGUCCAUGUGAUUAGUCCUGUAUACAUUACCGAGAAAAUGCUAGAUAAGUCGAAAACUAGUUUAAAUGCUAUAUCUCAUGAUUCGGCCAUACAACUUAUUCAAUCAGUUCUUGACAGUGGAGUAAAUUUGGUUGAGGUUUACGUUGAUACUGUUGGCAAAGCUGAACAUUAUCAAACUAAACUACAAAAUCUUUUUCCUCAAUUAAAAAUACGUGUUGAAAGCAAAGCUGAUGAUAUUUAUCCAAUUGUGAGUGCUGCUAGUAUCUUCGCAAAAGUUACUCGGGAUCGAGUUCUUCAAAUGUGGCCUAAAGAAGAACGUGGGAGUGUACCCGAAGGCACUGGUCUUGGUUCUGGCUAUCCAGGUGAUCCCGUCACCAAAAGUUAUUUACGUGCAUGUAUGGAUCCAAUUUUUGGUUUCCCGUCUCUUGUGCGAUCUAGUUGGUCAACUGCAUCUUCUCUAUUAGACCAACAUGGUGUAUCAGUUAGGUGGGAAGAUGAUGAAACACACGAAGAAGUAAUUCAAGCUAAAAAACUUGCACGAAAACGCGAACAUUCAAAAGGUACUUGUAAAUUAUCUAAUUAUUUCAAUAAUGCUCAGUCGAGAUCGUCCACACCUGAUGCGCUACAGAGACAACCAUUUUUUGUACGAACUGGUCUUGUGCAUGUUCAGACUAUCACAUAAAUUUUAUGAGAUAUAUUAUGUAUAAUUUUCUUUGUAUCGAUGUUUCAUCAUAUUUCUCUAAUAAAAUCGAUCUCUGAUAACCAGUUACAUUUCUUCUGUGCGAUUUAUGUCACUGAUCUGAAAAAAGAGGUAAAAUAUCAAAUAUUAAAUAUGACAUGAGAAUGUUUACUGUUCACCAGAUAAUCUCAUAAUUCCCCCGCAGUUGUAAUCUAAAUGUAACGUCAAGCCUAUGCUUUUUUGUUGUGAUGGAGAUUUUUUUUUACUGUGAUAGUGAGUUUUUCUUAAACUAAGGUAAGCAGGUGUUUAUAAGAUGGGCAAACACAAAUUCGACUUUACUUCACUUCAAGGAGAUUGUACCUAGUAGAACAUUUAGUCAAAAAACUAUGCCAAACUAACUCAAUCGGUUUUGUUUCAUUCAAA